AUGACAGGUCUAGCCAAGUUGUGGAACAAAUAUCUGAUGAGAAAGAGGAGGCAUGACAUAGGCGCACUUGCCAGCGCUGCCAUACAGUCUAGAUUAAAUAAUCCAAAGUCUCGACGGGUGGAUCUCCUACAGUUGAUUUUGGACGCCAAAACUGACAAUCUGGACUCGACUGUACCUCAGGCGAUGACGGACAGUGACGUAAUAUCAACACAAGAUGGAGUUGAGGCGGGUCAGCAGAGCGGCACUUCCUCAUCUCAAAGAAGAUAUUCACAAAAGGUGAAACUCACAGAAAAGGAGAUCCGGGCACAGUGUGUAACGUUUUUGUUCGCAGGGUAUGAAACCACCAGCACCGCCCUGGCCUACGCUGCCUACCACCUAGCAACGAGUCCAGAGGCACAGAAAACUCUCCAGGCGGAGGUAGACCAAUACUGCACUGAAGAGGGUCCUCCAUCGUAUGAGACUAUAAGUAAGAUGCAGUAUUUGGACAUGUUCUUAAGGGAAGCGCUGCGACUACACCCUAUCGCUCCAGAUGGACCAGGGAGAACUGCACAGGAAUCCAGCACAGUGAUGGGUGUUCACAUCCCCAAAGGCAUGAGUGUUCGCUGUAACAUAGACAGUAUCCACAUGGAUCCUGAGCACUGGGCACCCCCAGACCCCAGCCUCUUCCGUCCUGAACGGUUCACGGCAGAGAGGGUUGCUAAGCGUCACCCUAUGGCCUGGCUUCCAUUUGGGGCAGGCCCCAGAAACUGCAUUGGUAUGAGGUUCGCCCUGAUGGAGGCCAAGAUGACCUUGGCGUGUCUCGUGAAGAAGUUCAGUGUUGAGACCUGUGCUGAGACGCAGAUUCCAUUGGUUCACGUGGCCAGGAACACAGUGCAGCCGGAGAAAGGUGUCACCGUGUGUCUUACAAGGCGGCAUGCGGCGGCCAAUAAGAAUACAGAAUAGACAUAUUAGUUGAACUUAUUCACAAAGUUCCAUAGAAAGUGUCAUGAUUG